AUGAGCGAGAACAUCGUCCAUGCAUGUGCGCAGCGUGGUGACUUGGAAGGUCUGCGCCGUGCACUGGAUGAAGGCUCCGAUGUACAUGCGCGUGAUCAAGACGGCGUAACUCCUCUGCAUUGGGCAGCUAUCAAUGGGCAUUAUGAAUGCUGCCAAUUGCUGCUUAGCCGGGGUGCGGAUGUGAACAUAACUGGUGGGACAUUGCGCGCGACGCCGAUGCAUUGGUGUACUCGGCAGGGGCAAGUACAAGUCAUGUCGCUACUUCUGGACCAUGGCGCCAAUCCACUCCAGCUCGAUGGCCAAGGAUUUCACACGCUGCACCUCGCUACACAUAGCAGCUUGGUGAUGACCAUUGUAUAUCUGCUACAGCGUGCUGAGUUCCAACCACAAAUGGCACUUGAUCGAAAAGACACACAGGGCCAUACGGCGCUGAUGUGGGCGGCUUUCCAGGGCGAUGCAUUGUCGGUGGACGUUCUUCUCAAGCACGGCGCGGCCGUGCAUGUAAGUGACAUGGACGGACUUACGCCCCUGCAUUGGGCUGUGGUGCAUGGGAACCGGCUGUGUAUCCUGCGGCUUAUCGAAGCUGGCAGUGACCUGAAGGCGCGUGAGCACAAAGGCCAGACUCCGUGUGAACUGGCGCGCGAAUUGGGCACCUACGCGGCGUACAGAUCGGCUAUGAAAGAACUCGAUCGCAAGGACAAUGGCGAGCCUGGUCGGUUCUUGCUAUCUCGGCGUGCGAUUUUAGGCCUUGUAUUCACUAUGCCAUGCCUCUUGUACGAACUCACAUUCAUCGUGUCGGGCCGCUCACCUUGGUUCUUGGCACCGCUAGUGUUUGUGCUGGGCAUUUUCGCCACGCAUGUAUAUACCACGGCCUACUUGCUCCAGAUUGACCAUGCCAAAGGCGCACAUGCCUCGCCGUACUAUCUAUCGCUCGUGUGCUUGAGUGUGGUGCUGGGCGUGGCACACUACUGUGUGUUUCUCUCUGGCAUUUCCCUCGCCCGUGACGUGACUGUUUGCGUAUUGGCCACAUCUCUGGUAUAUUUCUUCUUCCUUACUGCACGCAAUGUGCCCGGCCAGUGCGCCAAACCAGCGUCCAAAGCUGAACUGCGUCGGACCAUUGACUCGCUCGCGCGCGAAGGCCGUCUCAGUGGCCUGUACUUCUGUGCAACGUGUAUGUCUCGUAAGCCCAUGCGAGCCAAGCACUGUACCAUUUGCAAUACGUGCGUCGCGCGGCAUGACCAUCACUGCCCAUGGGUGAUGAACUGCAUUGGACUCAACAACCAUGCGCCAUUCUUGAUUGCUCUUGCCUUUGCUCAGGCGGCCAUCACGGCAUUUCACUGGGCCACCUGGGCGUACUUCCGUGCAUCUGUAUCACCGUCCCUUGUAGCACAGCAGCGCUGCCCGCUGUUCCCUUGGCUGUGUGCCGCAGUGUCUAUAAAUGGGUCGCUAUACUAUACGGCCGUGUGGCUCCUCCUUACCCAAAUAUGGGUUGGCAUUCUGCUGGCUUUUCAACUGUACCAGAUCUCCACGCAGGUCACGACAUUCGAACUCGUGAAUCUAAAACGCCACGGAUUCAUGGCAGGUCGGCCUGAUGCAAAUAUGCUCGGUCAAGGUCAGGCUGGCUAUAUCAAAAUGCAGUCGGAGCACCUCCUGGCUCAAGGCCUCUCGCCUUAUGAGGUGAAGCUUGUUUUGCAUGGUCGCUCGCCGGUUCGCCGCGGUUUCUGUGGCCGAAUUCUGUCAUCUGGCUCAUCUCUUCUUGCCAUCGUUGGCCUUGAUUUGUACUCGCGACACUCGCCUCCUACACCACGCGCUCCCAAUCCUUUUGAUCAUGGCUGCUUAACGAACUGGAUGGACUUUGCAUCACGUGGCAAGCAUGACGGUAUCGACUAUACUCGGCUCUAUGAUGUACCCUAA